AUGAGGCGUUGGAAGCAGGUCAAGGAGCAGUUGGAUGCAAAGCGCAAUGCAUCCUCUUCCAACAACACCAACGACUCAUCUCCUCCUUACAUGGGCGGUGGCAUCUCCUCGGCUUCCUUCUCCGACCUCCGUCAGCUGCAAUCCGUAUCCUCGCUCAACAAUCCCAGUCUUGCGCCGCCAAUGCCUAAAAGCGCAAGUCGCACCUCGCUCGACAUCCCAGGUCGUCUCAGCCACCUCAUGCACAAGUCCACUUCCAGCUUGGAACUUAGCUCAGCCGCUGCCGGCUACAACAAGUCGGUGGGCAACGCCCUUAGAAAAUUCCCCAGGCCAAGAGCUCGCACCAACUCGAACAACUUCAACGCUGCUGAUCCAUCCUCGUCCUCUUCGCCUUCCAAGAUGGCCAGUCCUCGCAAGUGGGUCAACAGCCUCCUCAAUCAAGCUGCACCCAGCGCUUCACAGCUCGAGACGGCCGCGCAAGCACGAUCUCGAGCCCUCUCCGAUGCCGCGACGCCAACACCUGCGCCCGUUAGCUCCCUCGUCCUUUCGAACGGUGGCCAGGCGUCCUCGUCUCGCCAAGUGUACACCAUUGACUCGGGCUUGCAACGCGACACCUCUACUGCUGGGAGGUCCGCCAGCAUCUACUCGUCCCAUCUCAGCUCAGCUUCUCGCUCGACGCCAGAUCUGCAUCACAACUCGGUCACUCGCCAUCGUGACAAUGGUGCACUCCUCAUGGACUUGACCGGUCCAUUGCCAUCCAUCGCUCAUCGUGCAAAUCUUCAGGACGACAACAACUCAUCGGCACCCCUCAUGGUGCGCAACCUUGACGACGCGCCGCGAGGCACCUACACCCCAGACAUCCCCGCCGCUUCUGCUUCCGCGCAGCUGAGGGCAGCGACCAAGCUGCGCAAUCCGUGGUCGGCAGACUCACCCCAAAUUCGACACGAGGAGGAGGAUGAUAUCGACGCUUCCAUUGCAUACGAUCGCUCCAACAACCAUCUAGCAGCCGGCGAGCAGGCCGUGCUAGACAUGCUCGACUCGGUCUCGGGUAUCGGCAGUGCUGUAUCUGCACCGGUUCCACCGACACCUUAUCAGACCGCUACACCAGGCACGCUGGCCAGGUCGCGUUCCUUUGCUACAACUACAAAGUUCCACAGCCCAGCGUCCGAGUACAGUCAGGACUUUUGCUCACCUUUCUUGGCAGGCACCUCCUCUCCUGCAGCGGGUGUUCGGGAAGCCAUCCGUCAGCGCGAGCUUCUCGACACUGCCGCAUCCAGCAGUGCCGCUUCGAGGGCACAGAUCCCACCGAGUCGAUCGGCGCUGUCGCCAAAGACCUCCGCCUUCCUCAGCACCCUCAUCUCGGACGACCCGGAGCCUCUGCGUUCGAGCCAAACAUCCUCAGCCAUCUUCUACAACCGCAGCGCACAAGCCUCGAGCAGUGAUGAGCUCGCAGCAAAGAGGAUAUCACGCGUCCCCGUCCCCACCACAGAGGCCAAAUUGCUGUCUCCACCUGCAUCUGCAGCUUCCAACGUCUUUCUACGACGCGGCACCGUUGCAUCCACCACUUCGCAGGGGCUCAUCUCUCCCAUCGACAGCAGCCUGCUGGGCACCUCGGCGAACGCUACCAGCUUGUGGAGCAGGCCAAGCAACGCACCUGACACUCCUUCCACCACCCAAGAUCUUGCGUCACCCAUGCCGUGGUCAGCAGCCUCGUCGGUGCCUCCAAAAUGGCCGACGGAUAGCCAGCAAGACACCGAUCACGCGAGCAAGUCCAUCUACGCUCUCGAGCCUGUGGUCACAUCCAGUGAGGUAGAAGGGCAGCAUCCGCCUGCCGCCAAGCCCAAUCUGGUGCGCCAUCGAACUGAUUUCACAGCAGCGACGAGCAUCUACUCGGGCUCCGGAGAUCUUCACACGUCGCAGACCAGUCUGCAGAAAGAGGUUGUCGCAGAUGAUGCCCAAAAGGAAGCGUUCGAGACAUCGACCGUCGCAGAGUUAUCCACUCCCGCUGCCAACGCUAGUCGCCCCUUGUCGCACGUUGGUUCUGUGAGCAGCUCUCUAGCCGCCAUCCGUGGCAUGUUCAGCAAAGCUGCAUCGGCCGCUCUUUCAUCUGCGGAGACUUCUGGCUCACCAGCUCGAUCCGCUGAGCACGUGGCGGGUCUCUCAUCCUCUUCUUCGGUCGCAGCUGUGGCUAAGGAGCUCGAGCAGCGCUCAUCCACGCCUUCGAGACCAUCCAGCCCCGAAAAGCUUGCACUGCCAGCAUCACCGACCAAGGCAAAAGACCUCAUUGCCAUGUUCGAAAGCAACUCGGCCACUGCUUCGCCUACGGAGCAGUCCAACUCGUUCUCCCGCAACGCUACUCCAAAGGGCAAACUCUCACCAACAAAGUGUGGCACUUCCACGGUCAACAGUCUCACCACUACGCCGAAGCGAUACACACCUCUCACUGUCUCUGUAUCCAGGUCGAAUCUUGGCCUCGCGACAUCCGAUUGUGCUUCUGACGUGGCGGUGGAGGACUUCUCACCCACCAAUGCCAAGCUUCGUGCCCAGCGCUUCGAAGCGGGCAGAUUCAGAUCGAGACGCGCUGGUCUUAUCGGUGUCGGCGGUCAAGACGGCGAUGGAAGCUUCGGCGCGCCUCCGGAUGGUGACGACGAAGACGAUGGAGCCGAUGAAAAUGCAGCACCAGCAAACGUGCUUGGCAAUGUACCCAGUCUUGGAGGUCGCUUCCGAUCCCUGGGUGCAGCUUCUCAGCCUUCUCGAUCGCAAUCGAUUUCAAACGACAUAGCGGGUAACGUGCUCGGCGGUGGCAGCCUAUCCUCAUUAACAAGACAGAAUGCAUCUGCUGGUCGCGACUCGACUCGAACGAGUCCGGGUAGCCUUGGCAGGAAAGGAGCUUUUCGAAGCAGCAUGAUUGGCUUCAUGGGCGUUCUGUCGGGCAAGUCUCCUUCCGCUGGCACAUCGGGCGUUAACGGUGCUGGGGCCUCUGACCAAACACUUGCCCCCGGCCUGCUCUCGGAGCGGCGCCACAGCGCCAAGUCGGAUCAGGAUGACAACGUCAGCACUGCCAGCGCAGCCACGCAAGGAACCGCCGCCUCGUAUCGCCGCAAGAAGGAGGAAGGCAACCUGCCUCUGACCAGCGCAACCGCAAUCGAGAUGUCUGGAGAGCAGCCAGGCACCAAGCCCCUGCGCGCUGGUGUGCUCUACUACUUCAACGUCCACGAUCGCAACCCUCGAUGGCUCCGCGUCAAGGCUGUGCUGCUGCCCUCUGCUGUCGCCAUGAGCUGGAUUCCCACAGGCGGCGGACGUGAGAAUGUGGUGUUGGACCUGCGCGCUUGCAGAGAGGUGCACUCGGUGCCGAGCCCGGCCCAUCCCAGCAGCGUGGCUGAUGUGGGGGCAGCAAGCGCCCGCAGUCAAGGCAUCGCCCAGAUCAACCCCUUCCAGCUCAUCUUCGAUGAUGGUGUCGAGAGGCUCGCAGCCGAGACCGCCAAGGAGCGAGUGCAGUGGGUCACUGCGAUUUGGGACGUCGCUGGAACCGGAGGUCCGAUGCCCUUGAGUGAACGUGAGUCUGACCUCGCCAACUCUGGACACGAUGCGCUUCCGAAAGCGCAAGCAGCACCGUCCAGUCGUGCAGGGAAUCUGGCUGGUUCGAGCCCCAAGCGUCCCCUCAUCUCGAGUGUCGGCGCCGGGGCCCAAGGCUCGCCCAAGAGGCCGAUCUCGAUGAGGCCCGGAAGCAACGAAGAGGCCAUCGACCGCAUCGGUUCCAUUUGGAAGAGCGAGUUGUCUUCGGACAUGACCAUCAACAAGGAUGCACAGCCGCCUAGUUUCGGCGAAGCGAUGACCCUCGCCGCAGCGUCGGCGCCGCCGCCGUUGCCACCUAAAGAGCCUCAGCCUGCGCCGGCUAUCAGUUUGCCACUGCCAGCUGCCAAAAGUGCGAAGACUUCUCCGGCGUCUAAUGCCACAGCGUCACCUAUGACAACAGCAGCUGCAGCAGCAGCUGUCUCAGCACCGCUGCCGACGGCGUCGGCAUCCAACAGCCCGCUUCGGUCCAGAGUGCGCAGCUGGCAACGCGAACCACUCGACCUCAGCACAGGCUACGUUCAUGACCUCACUCCGAAGACGCCCACCUUGGUAGAACCAACGACGGAAGCCAUUCAUUCUACCCCAGCCUCGUAUGCGGACAACAAGAGUUCCGCUGCUUCGAUCAUGGACAGCGCCAAGGCUGUCGAAGGCGACGAAUCGCCCACCAUGUCAUCGCCUGACAUGGACGGCUACGAGUCGGCGCGCUCGCAAGGCAGCUUGGUGGACGAAUUUGGACCUCGCACUCCUGUUAGCGAGGCUCACUUCAACUGGUCCAGACUCGACAAGGAGUCGGAACUCGAUCCGAGCGAUUCAGCCUCGCAGAGACCGGCGCGAAGCGAGUACGGAACCAUCAAGAGCAACGUAUCGGCUGCUGAGCGCAAGAAGAGCCUGCGUCAGAAAGGCGAACGCGCCGACAGCAAUCUGAAGGAGACGGAAAACACACGCGAAUCGGGAAGCGAGCGUACGCCAGCGCAACUGCUGCGAGACAGCGUACUGCGAGCAUCGACAGACAGCCCCAACUCGUCAGACGCCCUCUUUGAUGCCUCCCCGGUUGCGCGAGGAAACCGACUGGGUACCGUGAUCGAGGAGACGCAGUCGCAGGCGCAGAGCACGAAGCUGAACGCUUCUGUCCGAAGCAGCACACGAAGCAAGCUCGACGAAAUGGUCGCCAGAGCUAUCGGGAACGGUAACGUCCGGUCACCGGCAGCAAAGAGCGCGCUUUCGCUCGUCUCGAGCGGUAGCAUCAGCUCGCAGGAUGUCGGCAAGCUUCUUGAAUUUCUCGAAGUGCAACAGAAGGAGCGUCUCUCGAAGGAAAAGGAGCUGGAGGAUCAAAUCCGAAACUUCCAACAGGUGGUGUCGGACCUUCAAAAGAAGAACUCGACCAGCAGCUCGCAUCAUUCAGCAAGAAGGAGGAACUCGAACUCGACGACCGGGGCCGAUAGCAAAGUCACCAACAAGUCUUCGCGCGACUCUGAACUGGCAGCGAUGCAGGAAAAGCUCGACAAGGUGCUCGACCUCGUCACCAACGUCGUAGCGGCACCUACGAUCCACAAGAGGGCCCAGAGCGAGUCUGCCACCAUUGUCGGCAUGGCCAACGUGGGAGAGGAAGGCGAAAGCGCCGAGACGGCCAGGAUCGAAGGCGUGCUUGCUAAGCUGCUGCGCAAGAUGCAAGUGUCCGAAGAUGCAGCCAUGUCGCCCAAUUCCAAACAGAUGGUGCGUGCUGCCGUUCUAUCCCGCAAUCCGAGCCUGAAGAACGAGUGGGACCGGAUGCCUCUCGAGCUACGCGGCAGCGAGCUCAUCAAGUCGAUGGAAGACCGUGCCAAGUACGGCAAGGACGGACGGCACGAGGCGAUCGAGGCGGACUACGUGAAACGAACGAUAUCUUCUGACAUGGUUCGAGGUUCCAGUGCGCCUGCCGGGGCAGCAGACCAAUCGGAGGCCCCCAUCGAUGCCGACGUUGAUCUCCGCAGGCGCUUCUCUGCGUCUCUGCCACGACGUGCGUCUGGAAUCAGCAUCGCAGCGAGCACGUCUGCCACCGAUCUGGGAGACGCAUCCGUGAUGAGCCGAAUUCCACCCCGCAGCUGGACCUCGGAGCGUGGCGUACCAUCACCCCCUCCCAACUCGGAGUGGGACGCCAAAUCGCUGAUCAGCCGGCCGGCGUCUCGGGCUACUACGCACAUGGGCGUUGGUGGACGUGCUCCUGCUCAAAAUUUCCGCAUGCUUGGCGAUCCAGGCUCGGCUCAGGCCACACCGCGCCCGGUCAUGCUCCAGAACGAGCCAAGCUACGGUUCGCUGGACAUGGAGGCCGAGAUCCGUCGAAGGCGAGCACAGCAGCAAGCUGCCAGUGGCGCAUCCAGCUCAUCCGCACAGCUAGGUGGAUGGUACACCCCCAAGAUUUCCCAAGCGGACGAGCCCGAGACGCACGUGUCUUCUUCAGUGACAGCAGAAGUGCCCAACGUCAAUGUGGACAAGCCCGUUCCGCCGACCCCUAGCGUCCGUUGGGCGGUCGACGGCGACGAGCAGGACCGCAAAGCUGACGGCAAGAACGCCGAAAAGACGCCAGAAGGGCUCGGUCUGUCAAUGUCUGCAGCCGCGAUGGGCGAAGCCAAAUUUGCCGGACCACCUCCGACGCCUGGUGUUGGCUACGUUUCCUCUGCUAACAGCGCGUCCGGCGGCUCAGUGCUUGGUACACCCAAUGCUGAGCUCGCAACGAUAUUGCAAGCGCUCAAACAGAGCGAGAUGGCCCGACAGACACAGCUUCAGCAACAGACCGAGAUCUCUAGAUAUCUCAACGAGCUCAAUGCAUGGCUGGAACGAGAUGUGGUCGAUCGUUCCAAGGAAUGGCGCACGCUGGCGAGCGGUGUCACGCAGCUGCAUGACGAGCUCAAGGCGCUCAAGGAAGGUCGAGCCCUGCCGGCUUCUGCAUCGGGUGUUCCGGCGCUCAAGCUGACCGACGCAUCCGAUCCCGCAGCGAACAGCUCGCAUGCCGAUGGGAAAGCGCAACCGCCUUCGCUGCUGAGACCGGGCACCAUCGGCGCAGUGCCCGCUGUCACGGAGCGUGGUCAUCUGGCCCCUACCCCGUUCAGCGGCGCGCCGAUCAUCACGAUGGGCGACAAGGCGAAUGGCCCCAGCUCUCCCAGUCGACGUCGACCGGCAGGCACGCGAAAGUGGAACGAACGACGCAGCGAGUCGCCUUCCGCCGACGAUGCCGACAACUCGUGGUACAAGCCCGACGAUACGGAAGGUGGAGUCAAGAGCAGCUUCAAAUCCAAGGCAGCAAAAGCUGCGGCAGCCGCGAGCGGGGCGCUAUUGAUUCGACAAGCGCUGCGGGAGUGGGAGAGGUUCAAAGUGAUGCAGCGAGCUAUGGGUAAGCCGGAGGAUCCUUUGCCUGCCGAAGCGACGGGCGAUCCCGCGAUCGACAGCCAGCUGCCCCUCCCGGCUCCCAUGCUGCAACAGCUCAAAGACGCCGCUGAUGCCGAAGACAGUACGCGUGUCAGCGAGCUGGUGCGCCAGUCUGCAGAGGCCGGCUACGGAACGCAGGCGAUCAUUGAACUCACCAAGCACGUUGAGAGCAACGCACCGGAGCCCGACGAGAGCGAUGACUCUCCCUUGGACGGAGACACGCUCAUGCCGACGCCUUCGCCGCAUCGAACACGCUUUGCCGUCGAGGACGAACCGGAAGAGCCCAAGUCCGAAGACGACAGUGGCUACGUCAAGAUGUCGACGCCUGUUCCUGCGCGUGUUGCUGCUGCUGCCAAGGCGAAGGCUGCGCAAAAGUAUGUUGAAGAAGAAGAAGAGGAAGAGGAGGGAGCCGAGACCGGAUCUGGGCCCACCACGGCUGCUCUUGCGCUUGCGGUGGAAGAAAUCCUCAAGCACCUGCUGUCGUCCAAAGAAGACGCCAAGAAGAAGCAGACCGAGGCGGAAGCCAGAGAGGCCGAGCGUCUGGCGAUCGAAGCCGAACGCGAGCGAUCGCUGCUCAGCCUGAAGGAGAGGGAGAAAGCCGAGCUUGUGGAUCUGCUCUAUAGCCGCAUCGCCGCCGACAAGGCCGCUGAAUCAGCCAAGCAGAAGGAGCUCGACCCGAAAUCCGCCAUCGAGUCGCUCGUCGCCGCGAUCAAUGCGCAAAAGGAGAACGAGGUGAAGUCCGCCGCUGCCGCCGACGCCGCGCUGCGCCAGAUGACGUCCGAACUGCUCAAAUCGACCAGCGAGCAGAAUCACAAGCUCGUCGAGGCGGUCAAUGCCGCAUCGCGCGAUAUGCUGCGGCACAACGUCCAGCAGCACGCCGACGAGUUCAAGCGCUUGCUGCACAAGGAGGUGACGGGCAUGUUUGAGGAUGUGGGCAAGAUUCGAGAAGCGAAGCGGCAUUUGGAGUUCGAGAUUGCCGAUCUGUGGAGCAUCAAGUCGCGCCAUUUGCAUGGGCCGCAGGGGAUGCCUGUGGGGUAUAGUGUCCCCGGCGGGUAUCCGGGUUCGCCGAGUCCCGCUCCGAUGGGGAUGCCAAUGCCGAUGCCCAUGGGGAUGCCCGUGCCGCAGAUCACGCAUUACCACUCGAGCCCGAUGAUGACGCACCCGCCCGCGCAUCUCUCGCCCAUCCCCAUGCAGCAAGCUCCGGCCGCGCCAGCCGUUGGCAUCGACUCGUUAAAGGCGCAGAAGAAGGCGGUCAAGGCGGCGCUCAGACAGGCGGUCGCCGAGAGUGCGCCUCCCGCUGCGGCGGCGGCGCCGGCUCCGGUGGCCAUGCCGAUCCCCGCGGUAGUGGUUGCUGCGCCCGUUCCGGCGCCUGCGCCUGCUGCACCAGCACCAGCACCGGCACCAGCACCAGCGGCGGCGGCGGCACCAGCGGCGGCGAUGGCGGCCAACUUCUUGACAAAGCGCAAGGACGUUCUCAACCCGUUUUCGAUCAACUUUGGUCCUCGUGCUCCCGCCGCCAAGUAG